AAAAAAAAAGAAGUCGAGCCGGCGAGCAGUUGCCAUGGUAACUAUGGCGUCCUACCCUUUCCUAUCGAAUGCGCGAGUCUCCUACGGAUCGCGUCGAGAGGCAAAACAGUCUUGGGCAGGUGGGCGAUGAAACGCGCGACCAAGAGAUGGCGGCGCUCGGGGAGGUGCAGGGGCAGCUACUCUCUGGAAGAGUUCUGAUCGCAGAAAUUCAGGCAAACUCUGAAUUGCCAGUAUGCACGUUUGAACCAUUUGUGGCUAUGUCCUGAAUACUCACUGUGGGGUUGCCCAUGGACCAGUCAGCAGAAACUACUGACCCAGCAACUAAAGAUGAGACUGCUGUUGCUGGGACUCCAGAUAGGUCACGUCCUAGUUCUGUGGAAAAGAUUGAAAAUGUGCUUAUUCAGUCUUCAACUGAAUAUCGAAAUAGUCUUCCGGUAACUACAGUCCGAUCCAAACAUGGAGUUGAGGUUGCUCAAUUAUCAGAACUGCAGUCUGCUUCCAAUGAAUCACAGGUUAUUUCGGAUCAAGAUUCAGAAGCACAGGGUGUUUCAGAUCAAGCAUCAGAACCUCAGGAUGUUUUGGAUCAAGUAUCAGAACCACCGACUGCUCUAGAUCAAGCAGCAGAACCACAGGCUACUCCAGAUCAAGCAUCAGAAUCACAGAAUGCUUCAGGUCAAGAAUCAGAACCACAGGAUGCUUUGGGUCAAGCGUCAGAACCACAGGCUACAUGUUCAGUGAUCCAGUCUUCAGAGACUGUGGAGACCAUGCCUGAAGUGUAUCUAGAUCCCUUUGAGGUCUCCCUUAGAUAUAUGGAAAAGCAUAGCAUUCUGCAGAUAUUUCAGGACAUCACAGAAAACUUGGUGUACGAGAAGCCGGAUGACCCUUUACAGUUCAUGUUGGAACAGGUUCAGAGUAAGAUAAAGCAAAGACAGGAAGAAGAUGAAGGACCAAGCAGUGAAAUGAAAGACUCCACAUGACAAGAGACUCUCCGGAUUCCACCAGUGCCCCACCCUGACAGCUUCGACAUAUUCCAAUACCGCCCCCAUGCAAAUUUUCUCCUGUGCAAAUUCUGUCACUUUGGACAGCGUCAGUGGCACCUGACUUCGCGAUUUCUUCCCCAGUGGGUGCUGUGCUGAGUUAUUUGGGAGCAGAGGCAAUAAACAGUUUCUUAGCAGCACAGAUGGUUGCAUGCCUUGCAGGAAGUGCAGCGGAUUCAGUCAGCACAGCUUGGUGGACUGGCCCAUUCAGAUGGGGAUUCACAUGUUGGAUGCUCUUCUAUGAGGUGGGAAACCCCUUCUACGUACACAAAAAGCUAACAGGAUUCCAGUAUGGCGGGGGAACAGUUUAUGUUCAAGAGCUUUCAAGUAUAAUCAGCCAUUGCAUAGAAUAGAAGGACAGUCCGAGGAAAUUUGCAUCCUGUGCUCUUGAUGGAUACAUAGAACAGCCAUAACAUUUAGAAGGAAAUUGUUUCAAGACUGUUUUGUAACACUUCAGCAAUAAGACUUCCUGACAUCCAGUCUGAUCUAAAUCAUACUGCAAUAUAAUAGAACUCUGUUGAUUUUAGUUACAGGUUUUUUGUUUAACUGGCAUAUGAAUUGGAUGGGAUGACUAGCUUUGCUAUUAUUAUGAAAAGCUUUAAGAGGCUGUUGUGGGUUUGGGGGGCUGUGUGGCCGUGGUUUGGAAUUUACUUGGUCACACAGCCUGGAAAACCCAGAACAGUUAGUAAAUUUGGGCCAUGAAACCCUUCAAUAAUACAUUGAAGCUUUAGUAGUUUAAAAUCUGACUUUAAUUCUAUGCUUAUCUAGAAUUCUGCUUCUUAAAAAAAGUAUUUAGGUUUCUGAUUGGCUCUGGUAUGUACAAGUGUAAAUAGAAAGAAGUGUGUAUAUCUGUCUGCUGCCCUACCAUGAAAUGGUUAAACCCAGUUUGUAGCUUUCCCCGCCCAUUUAAGAGAUGUCCUGAAGGGUGAGGUAAUCUAUUGAUCCUUUAGAACAUAGGUGUCAAACUCGCGGCCCUCCAGAUGUCAUGGACUACAGUUCCCAUCAUCCCCUGCCAGCAUGAUGCUGGCAGGGGAUGAUGGGAACUGUAGUCAAUAACAUCUGGAGGGCCGCGAGUUUGACACCUGUGCUUAAGAAUAUGUGAGUCCAGGUGGGGAAAAUAACCAGCAAACCAAUUUUUCUUGGGUUUUUUAAACAAAUUCCACAAUUUUCAGACUGAUUCAAAAUUUCAAAUAGGUCUCACAUUUAUAUAAUCUAUCUAAGCCUUUUGAAACACAUUUAAAUUCAAAAUACUUUUUAGUCACUUUGGGCUUCACUUGCCAGUACUUUUGCUGAUAGUACUUUUUCCUAUGUUUACACAAUACGUAGAGAUCAAAUACUAUCAUAAUUUGGGGUGGGGGUAGAGGGUGGUUAGGCCAAGAAAUAGUUGCUGGGUAUUUUUUUUCCCCCUCUGAAAUGUUUCAUGGAAUUUAAAGAAGGCUCUAGCUCUCUGAACAAAACUGCAUUACCACCAGUGUACAGCCACAGAUCAUGUGCAUAUAAAAGCUUUGAUUCUAGUGAAUAAAUUUCAUUUGCUAACGUAA